AAUUCUCUCAACGAUUUCUAAGUCGUUCCCAAAUCUCUCUCAAAUCCCUCUUUCGAAACCCUCUCGAAUUUCAAUUCCUCUUUUCUGAAAUCAUGCAGAUCUUUGUGAAAACCCUAACCGGGAAGACCAUCACCCUGGAAGUCGAGAGCUCCGAUACCAUCGACAACGUUAAGGCUAAGAUCCAAGAUAAGGAGGGCAUCCCUCCCGAUCAGCAGCGUCUCAUCUUCGCCGGAAAGCAGCUCGAGGACGGCCGGACCCUCGCCGAUUAUAACAUCCAGAAGGAAUCGACCCUCCAUCUGGUGCUUCGUCUCAGGGGAGGUAUGCAGAUCUUCGUCAAAACCCUAACCGGGAAGACGAUCACCCUCGAAGUCGAGAGUUCCGACACGAUCGAUAAUGUUAAGGCCAAGAUCCAGGAUAAGGAGGGAAUUCCCCCUGACCAGCAGAGGCUUAUCUUCGCCGGGAAGCAAUUGGAGGACGGCCGAACCCUAGCCGACUAUAACAUCCAGAAGGAGUCGACUCUCCACUUGGUUCUCCGAUUGAGAGGAGGUAUGCAGAUUUUUGUCAAAACCCUAACGGGGAAGACAAUUACUCUGGAGGUCGAGAGCUCUGAUACCAUCGAUAACGUGAAGGCCAAGAUCCAGGAUAAGGAGGGCAUUCCCCCGGAUCAGCAGCGGUUGAUCUUCGCUGGCAAGCAAUUGGAAGACGGCAGGACUCUGGCGGAUUACAAUAUCCAGAAGGAGUCGACUCUCCACUUGGUGCUGCGAUUGAGGGGUGGUAUGCAAAUUUUCGUGAAGACCCUAACCGGGAAGACAAUUACCCUGGAGGUCGAGAGUUCCGAUACGAUUGAUAACGUGAAAGCAAAAAUUCAAGACAAGGAGGGUAUUCCACCAGAUCAGCAGAGAUUGAUCUUUGCCGGUAAGCAAUUGGAAGAUGGCAGGACUCUGGCAGAUUACAACAUCCAAAAGGAGUCAACUUUGCAUCUGGUCCUUCGAUUGAGGGGUGGUAUGCAGAUUUUUGUGAAGACUCUUACCGGGAAGACUAUCACUCUGGAGGUUGAAAGCUCGGAUACUAUUGACAAUGUGAAGGCGAAGAUUCAAGACAAGGAGGGUAUUCCUCCUGAUCAGCAGAGGCUUAUCUUUGCUGGGAAACAGUUGGAGGACGGCAGGACCUUGGCGGAUUACAACAUCCAGAAGGAGUCGACUCUUCAUCUUGUGCUCAGGCUUCGUGGUGGUAUGCAGAUAUUUGUGAAGACACUGACAGGAAAGACGAUCACUCUGGAGGUUGAGAGCUCUGACACUAUUGACAAUGUCAAAGCUAAGAUUCAGGACAAGGAGGGUAUCCCGCCGGACCAGCAGAGAUUGAUCUUCGCUGGGAAACAGCUCGAGGAUGGUCGUACCCUUGCCGAUUAUAAUAUUCAGAAAGAGUCUACGCUCCACCUUGUCCUUCGUCUUCGUGGUGGUGAUUUCUGAUGCGUCUUCGUGGUGGUGAUUUCUGAUGGAGAACUUUGUUAUGCUUUAGUUGUUUCUUUUUUUUUGCUGAAUGAUGGUGGUGUUUUAUGUUGAUUGGCAAGUCUGCCAUUUUCUGUUUUUGGGGUUUGUGGGUGGUGUUAUGAUUUUCUAAUUUGUCAAAACUCAGUUUGGAUUGAAUGAAUAAUCUUAGUUCUGUAAACA